AUGGCACAGCCGUUGAGCAAGUUGAAAAAGCAACGUCUCACAGAACCCGAAGAUGGCGACUUCAAGAUGACUUGGCAGCUAUGGCUAGCCAUUAUGUCAUUCCAACUCGGCUACAUGUCGACACUCUUUUCGACAUCCAUGACCUCCACGAUCAUGGCGGAAAUCAACGCAGAUAUUGGCCCUAGCACAAGCUACACUUGGAUGGCAUACGCUCAACUCUUCAGCUGUUCCGUUCUUUGUCCCUCCUUCGGACGUCUAAGCGACGUCUAUGGCCGCCGCAAUUUCCUUAUAGCAGGCAACAUCAUUGGUGCAAUUGGAUGCGUGGUGGCUGCGACUGCGCAUGAAGUCAGGACUGUGAUUAUUGGAGCUGCCUUCAUUGGCGUGGGCAACGCGAUACAGGAGUUAGCACUGACGUGCCUCUCCGAGUUGGUGCCCAGAAGAUCGAGAUUCUUGGCUACCGGUCUUCUUCAGGCAUCGGUAUUCCCUGCCUCAGUGUUCGGACCCGUGAUUGCGUUUCGCAUUGUCAAGGAUGGAUCGUGGCGUGGUACCUUCUGGCUGACCUUCGCCCUCGAUCUCGUGGCCUGCGCCCUCACAAUACUGUUCUAUACGCCGGCUCAUCAGUAUCAGCCAGUCGAAGGCAAGACAGAGCUUCAGCGGUUUCUUGGUCUCGAUUGGUUCGGGAACUUCCUUUUCAUCGCCGGCAUUACCCUGCUUGGUACCGGCUUGUUAACUGGAGGCGAACAAUUUCCUUGGAAAUCUGCUACAGUUAUCACAUUGAUGAUCGUGGGCGGUCUAUUAUUAGUGACCCUGCUUCUCUGGGAGAUGUAUACUAAAGUAAAGGAAACCUUCUUCCCCAGGGAGUUCUUUACUUCUAUUCGAGGCAGUGCCAUCCUCAUUCAAGCCGCUGCCUUUUUUGGUAUGGCUUACUACUCGACAUACACGCUUUGGCCCAAGCAAGUUGCCAUGCUCUACACUCACGACACCAUUGCAGUCGGAUGGUACGUAUCUGCAUUUGGUGCAGGUGGCUGUCUUGCUGGUCCCAUCGUAGGAUACCUUAUAACCCAAUUCGGACACGCACGCUGGGUACUUACGGGAAACCUCGCGAUCUUCACGGCUUGUUUGGGGGCCCAAGCUAUUGUCACCCCAGGUUCCGAUGUUGCGUCAACAGUACUCGUAGCACUGAUUGGCUUCUGUGUGACGUCUGUCACGGUUGCAGCAAUCGCUAUGAUCCAGUUGGACGUACCACAUAAUUAUAUCGGCACUGCAACGGGAGUCGCAAUCACUUGUCGUUCCAUGGGAGGGGCUAUAGGACUUGUAGUCUACUCGUCGGUCCUCUCUUCACGAUUCACCUCCAAUCUCCCCUCUAAGGCGGGUAUCCCCCUUGCCAUGGCUGGUGUAGAUCCAAAGACCAUUCCCGGCAUUCUUCAGGCCCUUCUGAGUGGCAACCUUAAGGACCCUGCACUUCAAAGUGUCCCUCCAAACAUUCUCGCCAUUGCAGUCAAGGGUAUUAAGUCUGCUUUCGCGUCUGCCUUGCGCAUCACGUUUCUCAGCAGUAUCUCCUUUGCUGCUGUUGCUCUUGUAUUUGUGGCGUUCAGUGCUGAUGUCAAUCAUCUUAUGACAAGACAAGUAGAUGUUAGAUUGGCAGGAGAUAAACGGUCAGGCAUAACUGCUAGAAACAGCUCACUCUCUGAGCCUCAUACGACUGAGUAA